AUUACGUAUGUUUGAGUGACAUAAGAACUACAAGUCGUCUAGUCUACUAGAUAAGAGAAGAAGAAGAACCGAGAGAGAGGACGAGAGGCGGGGUGAUUAGGAAAGAACACAAAACAAUUUGUUCCGGUACAUCAUGACCCGAACUAGAGACCUUCAGUACUGAGUCACAGAGAUCAUGUCUGAAACCUAUUAGAUAGUUGCUCGAACAUAAAGUCUGUUUUACGUAGUUUAUUAUACAACUUUUCUCAAGUUAUCUAUCAACUGACUUCCUUCUUCCUCUAGGUUCUGUCAAACUGCUUUUUUUCUUCUUCACCGCUUCUCAGGCACAGCCACGCCCCCUAUAGGGGCAGGCUAAGGGCGUGUCCAGACCGGAGAAGCGGUGGGAAGACUAACAACGCUGCACAAUCAUCAAACACACUUUGUCCUGGCUUUUCUUCCUGCUUGUCCAUCAAGCAUGCCAGCACCGCUCUCUCUCCCAGGGGUUCUUCUGAUAUUCAUCAUUAUUUUUCACGUGGAAGCGCUUAAACCUCAUCUUUUAGGCAGACGCAGCGUGAGAACAAGUUCUUCCCAGCAGAGAAACCUGUUUUACAAAACUUUCUAUUUUGAUCAGCAGAUCGAUCACUUUGGGUUUUUGGAGAAUGGCACGUUCAAGCAGAGGUACCUUGUCAACGACCAGCACUGGCACGAGGCACAAGGCCCAAUUCUGUUUUACACUGGCAAUGAAGGAGACAUCACAUGGUUCUGUAACAACACGGGCUUCAUGUGGGACAUAGCAGAGGAACUUGGAGCCAUGAUUGUUUUUGCAGAACAUCGCUACUAUGGGGAAUCCAUGCCAUUUGGAAAUGAGUCUUACAGCUACUUGAACUACCUGACAUCAGAGCAGGCACUAGCUGACUUCGCAGUGCUGAUUAAGUCGCUGAAGAAGACGCUGCCACGAGCCCAGAACAGCCCUGUCAUUGCCAUUGGAGGCUCCUACGGUGGAAUGCUGGCCGCUUGGCUGAGGAUGAAAUACCCCAACGUAGUUAUAGGUGCUUUAGCUUCGUCUGCUCCAAUCUGGCAGUUCACUGACUUGGUGCCUUAUGGUGAUUUCUACAAAAUAGUCACCCAAGACUUUGCCAGUAGCGGAAUCAACUGCAGCAAAAACAUCAGAAGGUCGUGGACGGCGAUCAACAAUUUGUUCACAACAGCUGAAGGUCUGCAGUGGCUGUCUAAGGAGUUUGGCCUGUGUUCUCCGCUGAAGGAAGAGGAUCUAUACAACUUCAAGGGCUGGCUCCAGGAGACCUGGGUGAACUUGGCGAUGGUUGAUUACCCUUACGAGGCCAACUUCCUCCAGCCCCUCCCACGCUGGCCUGUUAAGGUUGUCUGCAUGCACCUUCAGUUUGAUACUGAUGUGCCAGACAAGCAGCUGUUACAUGGCAUCUCGCAGGCAGUGAGAGUAUACUACAACUACACAGGCAGUGCUGUUUGUCUUAAUGUAUCUGAGACUGCUACUGGAAGUCUAGGAAUUAUGGGUUGGUUUUACCAGUCUUGCACAGAGAUGGUGAUGCCCAUGUGUACAGAUGGUGUUCAGGACAUGUUUGAGCCUAUGGCAUGGAACUUCCAAGCUUACUCUGAUGAGUGCUAUGCUCUGUUUGGGGUACGGCCACGGGAGGACUGGGCUGAUACUGUAUAUGGCGGGAGGAACAUUAGUUCCCACAGCAACAUCAUCUUCAGUAAUGGAGGCCUUGAUCCCUGGAGGAGUGGUGGGGUAACUGAGAGUCUCUCUGAUUCUCUGAUUGCCAUUUUGAUUCCUGAUGGGGCUCAUCACCUCGACUUACGCUUCAACAAUGAAUAUGACCCACAGUCGGUCCUCUUUACCCGGAAACUGGAAGUGAUGUACUUCAAGAAGUGGAUCAAACAGAAUACAAGUGCACAAUAACCAAUCAGGACAGUAUAUAGAGACUGAUUAGGUCAUGGACUAACUAAAACCUUACCUUAAGGAAAUCAAAAGGUUGUGCUGUCUACCAAAGAUUUUUUUUUUUACUAAACAUGACCAAAGAAGGUGCUUAUAUGUAAUUAGACUUUUCAAAAUUUGGCUGAGCAUGUUUUUGUCCAAUCAUAAUAAUAAAAAAAAAAUUUCAUGA